GCCGCCUCUUUCCCGCGCUUUUUAACAACGCAGAACGUGUCCCGAGCUCCGAUUACAAUUAGUGGGGAGCCACUGAAGCGAUGCACUUUUUAAAUCUAAAUAGAAAACUCAUUUCUUUAAUAACGGCUUUUUGUUGCGUGUUAAGUUUGUUAAUAAUAAUAAUUACAUCUGCAUAGCGAAUUUUCUUCAAGGAUCUCAAAGCGUUGUACAGGACACAGCAGCAGCAGACACUCAGCAUAAGAAUAAUAUUAUAAGUACAUUUUAAAAAUAAUGAACUGCGAUUAGCAGGGUGCGAAAUAAUCUCAACAGAGAUUUAAUAUAUUCGUCGUCACGAGUACAUACAUUAGCAUAAUAUGCGACCAAUGGCAUUCGAGGAACUGUUCAUUAACAUAAUAAAUGCAUAAAUAUUAUCAUAAGACGAACGCGACGUCACAUCCGCACACGGCCUCAUUAGCAUUAAACAACACGUGUUGCAAAGCGUGCUGUUCCCGUGGCGGGAAAACGCAGCGGCAGCAGAAUCUUCAUCAUCAUCAUCAGCAGCAAUUUUAUAAGAAGCAAUACCAUCGGCAACAACAACAACAAUAGAAACGCACAGCUUUAAUCCUUAGCACCGGAAGCAUUCAUUAGAAACAGCAGCAGCGAUAGCUGCACGCAGGAGCAACAGACUUUCUGUCAAGAAGUAACACCAACAGCAGGACUGUAGGAGCACAAAGCAAGCAGCAGCAACAUCAUCAGCAGCAGUAAAGACUUGGCAACAGCAGCGUUGCGAGUAACGGCAGCGUUGGACAAGUGACAAACAGCCCACACAUCCAGCAGAAACAACAUCGCUAGCAUAAGCAACAGCAGCAGCGGAAACAAUAUUAACAACAACAACCAACAGUAUCAACAACAACCAACAAUAUCAACAACAACCAAUAGUAUCGACCAGCACCUCCGAUUAGCACGUUUGGCGACGUACCGAGCGAAAGAAGUCCAGCUAUACAGUACCGUACAUAACAUACAUACAGACAAACAACAACAUCAACAACUGUCGGCAGCGAGAGAUGGCGGCGGUGCAGGCGAAGGAGCAGCUGAGCCUGGAGCCCGCGCAGGAGAACGGCUUCGUGAGCUUCUUCGCCUCCAUGAGCGAGAAAGCCGAGGCCACGGUUCGCCUCUUCGACCGCGCCGACUUCUACACCGUUCACGGCCGCGACGCCCUCCUCGUCUCCCGCGACGUCUUCAAGACCACGGCGGUCGUCAAGAUGCUGGGCACCGGCUCGCGCAAGCUCGAGUCGGUGGUGCUCAGCAAGAUGAACUUCGAGUCGGUGGUGCGGGACCUGCUGCUGGUGCGGCAGUACCGCGUCGAGGUGUACCGAAACCGCGCCGGCAAGGCCUCGCGCGACAACGACUGGCAGCUCGCCUACAAGGCGUCCCCGGGAAACCUGGCGCAGUUCGAGGACAUCCUCUUCGGUAACGUGGACAUGUCGGCCUCCGCCGGCGUCGUGGCCAUCAAGCUGGGCUUGGCUUGCGGCGUCGGCCCCGGCGGGACGGCCGCCGCGGCCGGCGGCAGUGGCGGCGCCGACGCCCAGCGCGUGGUGGGCGUCGGCUUCGCCGACACCACGCUGCGCCGGCUGUGCGUGUGCGAGUUCCCCGACAACGACCAGUUCUCCAACCUGGAGGCGCUGCUGGUGCAGCUGGGGCCCAAGGAGUGCGUGCUGCCCGCGGGGGAGGUGCAGGCCGACGCCGGGAAGCUGCGGCAGGUGGUGCAGCGGAGCGGGCUGCUCAUCACCGACAGGAAGAAGGUGGAGUUUUCCUCCAAGGACAUCGUCCAGGACCUCAAUCGCCUGCUCAAGACGCGCAAGGGCGAGCAGGCCAACAGCGCCGCGCUGUCCGAGAUGGAGAAGCAAGUAGCGAUGUCGUCACUUGCCGCCCUCGUCAAGUACCUGGAGCUGACGUCCGACGAGUCGGGCUUCGGCCAGUUUGAGCUGAGCACCUUCGACCUGGGCCAGUACGUGCGCCUGGAUAGCGCCGCCGUGCGCGCCCUCAACCUCUUCCAGGGCUCGUCGGACGAGGGGGGCCGCACGCAGUCGCUGUUCGGGCUCCUCAACCGGUGCCGCACGGCGCAGGGACAGCGACUGCUGGCGCAGUGGAUCAAGCAGCCGCUGCUGGACCAGAACCGCAUCGAGGAGAGGCUGGACGUGGUGGAGUCGCUGGUGGACGACCCGGAUCUGCGCCAGGCGCUGCAGGACGAGCUGCUGCGCCGCUUCCCGGACCUGGGGCGCCUGUCGAAGCGCUUCCAGCGGCGUGCCGCCACGCUGCAGGACUGCCACCGCGUGUACCAGGCGGCGGGACUGCUGCCCACCCUCGUCGGCGCCCUGCGGCGCCACCAGGGCCCUCGCCAGGCCCUGCUGGAGGAGCUGUUUGUGCAGCCGCUGCUGGAGCUGGAGAACGACUUCUCCAAGUUCCAGGAGAUGAUCGAGACGACGCUGGACAUGGAGCAGGUGGAGAACCACGAGUUCUUGGUGAAGUCGACCUUCGAUCCCAACCUGGAGGAGCUGCGGAGUCGCAUGGACGAGCUGGAGCGAGACAUGGACAAGGCGCUGAGCUCCACUGCUCGGGACCUCGGUCUGGAGGCCGGCAAGACGGUGAAGCUGGACUCGAACGCGCAGCUCGGCUUCUACUUCCGCGUGACGAGCAAGGAGGAGAAGGCGCUGCGCAACAACAAGAAGUACUCGACCAUCGACUCCCAGAAGAACGGAGUGCGCUUCACCAACAGCAAGCUGAGUGCGCUGAACGAGGAGUACGUGCGCUGCCGCGACGACUACCAGGAGACGCAGAAGGCCAUUGUCGUCGAGAUCAUCAACAUCUCCGCCGGCUACACGGAGCCCAUGCAGCUGCUGAGCGACGUGGUGGCGCGGCUGGACGUGCUGACGAGCCUGGCGCUGGUGUCGCACUCGGCCCCCGUGGCGUAUGUGCGCCCGCGUCUUUCGCCGCCCGGCGGGGACCUGGUGCUCAAGGGGGCGCGGCACCCUUGCCUCGAGGCCCAGGACGACGUCGCCUUCAUCCCCAACGACGUCGCCUUCCACCGCGCCGGCACCACCUUCCACAUCAUCACCGGCCCCAACAUGGGCGGCAAGUCGACGUUCAUCCGGCAGACGGGGGUGAUCGUGCUCAUGGCGCAGAUGGGCUGCUUCGUGCCGUGCGACGAGGCGAGCGUCAGCGUCGUCGACUGCAUCCUGGCGCGCGUCGGCGCCGGCGACAGCCAGCUCCGUGGAGUCUCCACCUUCAUGGCCGAGAUGCUCGAGACGUCCGCCAUCCUCCGGUCGGCCACGGAGAACUCGCUGGUGAUCAUUGACGAGCUGGGCCGCGGGACGUCGACCUACGACGGCUUUGGGCUGGCGUGGGCCAUCUCGGAGCACGUGGCCACGCGCCUGCGCGCCCUCUGCCUCUUCGCCACGCACUUCCACGAGCUGACGGCGCUCGCCGGCCACGUGCCCAGCGUGUCCAACCUGCACGUGACGGCGCUCACCUCGCACCAGACCCUCACCAUGCUCUACCGCGUGCGCAAGGGCGUGUGCGACCAGAGCUUUGGGAUCCAUGUGGCGGAGUUGGCUCACUUCCCGCCGCACGUUGUGGAGAGCGCGCGGCGCAAGGCGCUGGAGCUCGAGGAGUUCCAGGCCCUGGAUGUCACGUCGGACGUGGACGGAGAACCAGCCGUCAAGAAACUCCGCUCCGAGCGAGAGGAGGGCGAGCAAAUCGUGCGGGACUUCCUGGACAAGGUGAAGGCCCUGCCGCUGGACUCGAUGGCGGCGGACGAGGUGGCGCGCUCACUCGCGAGCCUCAAGCAGGAGGUGGCGGAGCGCGGAAACGCGUACGUCAAUGGCUUGGUAGCACGCGCGGGCGAACACGGCGUCGCGGCCAGCUGAGCCGCCCGUGGGGAGACCGUUGGAGAAAGAGGUGGGGGGUCGGCGAGAGGCAAAGAGGAUGAGAGAGGGAAGAGCAUUCGAAUGUAGGGAGAUGGGGAGAAAUAGGGGGAGAAGUGGGAGAGGAGGCGGCGAGGACAGCGGAGAAGGAGAUGGAACGCUCACUCCACAUUCCUUUUUCCGUGCCUCACACCUUUUCAAAGUGAGGUGGAGAGAGUCUGCAUCAUUGCUCACUUGAAUUAUCUUCACUUUUGUUGGAGUUUACCGGAAGGUGGGUGUAAAGUCGUAGACCACGAUUGUUAUACAAAAGCGACUGCCUCUGACUUUCACUGUUCGUUAUUAAGUGACUGCCAUCCAGGGCUAAUUGCGGAAUGAUCAUCAAUUGUAUCAAAUCGAUUUAUGCCCGUGAGACGUGCGUGCGAGUGAAUUAUUACAAAUGAUACAUUUUUCGCAAUGGAGUGAACAGGACGGAACAAACUGGAAACAAUAACAAAGUCGACGGCCAAGCAAUCGCGCUCCUAAAUCCGCUAUCGGUGUGAAUGGCGGAAUCAUUGCUUGCCUGGGUUGGUGUGAUUUGUUCUAAACGCGAUAGCAGUUUUAAAUGAUGCAGCAGAGGUCACUAGAAUAAAUACAUUGGAUGACGAAUAACGGGUCAGCGAGCAUCGUCAAAUGUAGCGCGAGUAGUUGCUCUUUUUUUCAUAGCGGCGACUUUUAGGCGACGCUGUUCUUUGCGGUUCCAAGCGGCCGUGCGUUGGGGCUCCUGUCCCUGGGCUCAUGGGUGGUGGGUAGCGAAAGUUAAACAGGGCUAAAAUUAAACAUGGCUAAAGUUAAACAGGGCUACAGUUAAACAGGGCUGAAGAUAUACAGGGCUAAAUUUAAAUAGGGCUAAUAAAGUUAAAUAGGGCUACAGUUAAACAGGACUAUUAAAGUUAAACUGGGCCAAAGCUAAACAGGGCUUAUCUCACUCACAAAUUCACCGGCUCGCGUUAUUCAAACAUAGCCACCGUCUACCGCAUGGUUUGCGAGUGCCAACAUUGCGCUUAAAGUACAUUUCAUUCAGCAAAAUAGAUUUCAGCCUCGGUACCAAAGAAUAUUUCCACCCGUUGCCUCUUCCGCUUGCACAGCUUUGUUCUUUUCUUGUGUCCGUCUAUGCCAUGUUUGUUAAUAAAAUGUCUUUUCUAUA